GAAACGAAACGAAACCCCCGCUUCUCCUGAAACUUUAUCCUCCCGCAGGCCCACAUCUUUCCCCUUAAUGGCGUCCACGUCCCUUCCUCUCCUCUUCCUCUCUCUUGUGGCCUUCCUCUGCAAGUUAAACUCUACUAUUCGGCAGUCAACUAUCUUGUCUAACUUGCACGGAACCGACCUUCAUUCCUCUCCUCCUCCUGGCUCCCCGACUUGCUCAGUGUGGAGGGGCAGAACUGUCAUUUCAAAGCGAAACAGCUUCCUCCCCUGCCCGGCGGUGAGCUUUUCCUCCGCCGGCUGCGGCCGCUGAGCUUCGUCCUCCUCCCUCUCAGCAGAGGACGCAUUGGUGGCACGUAAGUCAAGGAGUCCGAAAGGUGGUUUCGUCAUGGCCUAGGUGACGACUGAUGGUUUUCGAAAGAUGGUACUUGGCGGAGGCUUGGAACCGGAAUCGGUGGUUUUCCGGCGGCAUUAAUUAAUCGUACAAUCAAGUGCUGAUCAGGGGCAACGAUUUGGGAAUUAGAAUAAUUAAUGCUUACUUUUUGUGAUGUGGAGAUUGAUCUGAGCCUUCCCCGUCUUUUCAGAAAAUGGUCCAGUUCGUCCCGGAGACGUUCUAGGCUCGAGACUGAUCAGUCCUGCAUCUGUCGUUCGUUGUUGGGGAAUCUGAGCGGAGAAUUGGUGGAAUCGAUGCCUGGGGAAACGCCACCAUAGUAUUUAAAAUCAUGCGUGUUUUAUGAGUGAAAAUAUAUCGUGAAAAUAUCGUCACAUCCAAGCAACUACACGCACUAUAACCUACAUGGAAAAAUUUGUUCUUCUCUUCUGCGUGAAUUUCUCUGCACAACUUUUGCUGCUUUUCUUUUUUGCCUUUUCUUCUCGGAAAGUAUGUUCCUCCGUUAUGUUAAAUUUAUAUCCGCUUUUGAAAGUAUCGCUAAAAGGGGUGCUGCUUUGGGCGGUGGUUCCUGGUCGUCUGGACGCGUGGAGAAGAAGGCGUCCGAAAUUUUUUUCCCCAGUAACGAAAUUGACUCUGUUUUUCUUUGAACUCGAUGGUCGAGUCGGAGACUCGGGGAAUGCCUACCCGUGGAAAUUUUCCAACUGUUCUUGCCCUUUCGGGGAAAGUUCCUCUGGUUUCUCCUCGUUAGUUCGUUACCGCUCAGCGGGCCACGUUGGUCUUCUUCGGUCAAAGAAAGGACGCUCGAGGAAGGGGACCAAAAUGCCCCUGCACCCUGCAUAGUGUGGCGCUGGACCAUGUUCCAGCAGCUUAAGGUGGUGGAGAGCAAAGUGCUGGAGCAUUGAUCCAUGGGUUUCGUGCUUCACGUGGUGUUCCUAAGCAAUUUUGGCGAUGGCCGGACAAAAGUCAGGUUGCAGCUUCUAUGCACAAGGGCAGCGAGACUCAAGUACCAAAUUACCCAAACCUACCAUCAAAGUUGAUUUGCUUGCUUCAUAAUGUAACAUUACAUGCUGACGCAGAGACGGAUGAAGUGUACGCGCAGAUGACACUGCAGCCUGUUAGCACAUAUGACCGCGAAGCACUGUUGGCAUCCGAUCUAGCACUGAGGACGAACAGACCACAGCCUGAGUUUUUCUGCAAGACCUUGACGGCAAGUGACACCAGCACUCAUGGUGGGUUCUCUGUUCCACGUCGCGCAGCAGAGAAGAUCUUUCCUCCUCUUGAUUACACGAUGCAACCACCUGCUCAAGAGCUGGUAGCCAAAGAUCUACAUGGGAACUCAUGGACAUUUCGCCACAUUUAUAGAGGUCAACCAAAGCGGCAUCUUUUAACAACGGGUUGGAGUUUGUUUGUGAGCGGAAAGAGGCUUUUUGCUGGUGACUCUGUUCUGUUCUUGCGCAAUGAGAAGUCACAGCUUCUCUUGGGGAUAAGGAGGGCCAACAGGCAAGCUUCCAAUAUUUCGUCGUCAGUUCUGUCAAGUGACUGCAUGCACAUUGGCGUUCUUGCUGCAGCCGCCCAUGCUGCUGCAAAUAACAGUCCGUUCACUGUUUUCUACAAUCCAAGGGCAAGCCCUUCAGAAUUUGUUAUUCCAUUGGCCAAGUAUAACAAGGCAGUUUAUAGCAACCAAAUAUCUCUUGGAAUGCGCUUCCGGAUGAUGUUUGAAACCGAGGAAUCCGAGACUCGAAGGUAUAUGGGUACCAUUACAGGCAUCAGCGAUAUAGACCCUGUUAGGUGGAAAAACUCUCAGUGGAGAAACUUGCAGGUUGGUUGGGAUGAAUCUGCUGCUGGAGAAAGGCGCAACCGUGUUUCAAUUUGGGAGAUUGAACCUGUGGCUGCUCCUUUCUUCAUCUGCCCUCCUCCAUUCUUUGGAUCAAAGCGACCUAGGCAGCCAGGGAUGCCAGAUGAUGAGUCAGAUAUGGAGAGCAUUAUCAAGAGGACUAUGCCAUGGCUGGGUGAUGAAAUUUGCAUCAAGGAUUCUCAAACACAGAGCUCUACAGUGCCUGGCCUAAGCCUAGUUCAAUGGAUGAGCAUGCAACAAAACCCCCAGCUAGCAAGUAUGGCAAUUCAGCAGGACUACCUAAGGCCGUUGCCAUCAACAGUAUCGCCUGUACUACAAGGCUAUGGUAACACUACGGACUUGUCAAAACAAAUGGGCUUGCAAUCUCAGAUAUUGCAACAGAACGGACUGCCAUUCAACCCUUCAAAAAUUCAGCAGCCACAACAGAUUGAUCAAUUGCAGAAGCUGCCACCGACAAUGGCACAGAUUGGAUCAUUAAAUCGCCCUCAACAGCAACAGCAAAUCGAUGAUGUUAAACAGCUGCAGCAGCAGAAGCAGCAGCAAUGCAUACCCAACCAAACUCUCUUGCAAAAUUCAAUCCAAGCACAAGUUUUACAGCCUCUACUCUCUGGUGCUAAUCACUCACAAAAGCAGCAGCAAUUGCUUCCUCAGAGCCAACAGGGCGUACCCAGUCUCAUCCAAAACCAACAACAACAGCAUCAAGGUCAACAACAAAUGGUUGUGCAGAACCAACAACAAAAUGCAAUCCCACAUCAGAACAGCCUUUUCCAGCAGCAGGCACUAACUCAAACAUCACAACAGCUGCAGCAGUCUGAACAACAGAUCCAGUUGCAGGUAUUGCAGAAAAUUCAACAUCAACAACAACAAUCCCUCCUGUCACAAACUACCAUAACGCAGUCUCAGUCUACCCAGUUACAUGAUCAGCAUAGACAGCUUCUGUCUGAAACACCACAACAGCUUACUCAACCACAAAUAAUUCCUCAACAGCAAAUACAUGUAAUGCAUGUGCAACAGCAGCAAGAUUCAGGAAAGAAUUUACAGGCUGGGGUCAAAUUUACACAGACACAGCAUUAUCAGCUGCCGCAUAAGCUUCAACAGCAACAAAGCUUGCCACCAAUGGACAUGCCUGGACUGGCUUUACCACCAGCCUCUAAUUUCAUGUCAGUGUCUGCAAACAGUUUUAUGGCAAAUGGAACACCAUCUGUGAUUACAGAUGAUGUGCCAUCUUGCUCUACAUCACCUUCCACGAACAAUGGUCCUUUAGUUAAUCAGCCAGCCGUCACCAAGAACAAUCGGAGCAGUGGUUUGAUGGAGGAGAUGGGACAGUCUGUUGCUACUGUUCUGAAUCCUGGUGUUUUGGAUUCUAUGGCAAAUGGAAACAACUUGGCUAAGAUACUUCCAAGACCUGAAGUUAAGCCAUCAGUUCCUGUCACCAAGCCCCAAAAUCAGGUUCCUCAGACAUAUCUAGGUCCCACACAGAUAGAUUACGUGGAUACAUCAUCAUCUGGAACUUCUGCCUGCAUUUCCCAGACAGAUGUUGCACUUCAGCAAAAUUUUGCUCCAUCUCCCUACAAUACAUCAUCGUUGAUGUUUAGAGACACUUCACAAGAUGGAGGAGAAGUGCAGACUGAUCCACAAAACAACAUCCUGUUUGGUGUCAACAUUGAUAGUCAAUUGGGCAUUCCACUGACACCUGACCCAUUGCUUACGAGAAGCCUGGAUUCUGGAAAGGACUUCCAAAACCAGGUUUCAGCAGCACCUAUCCUUAACAACUACAGUAAUCCAAAGGAAAUUCAAGCUGAAUUAUCCUCUUCCAUGGUUUCCCAGUCAUAUGGGGUUCCCUCAGUUGCUUUCAAUUCUGCAGUUUCUGUGGAUUCAGGAAUGAAUGAUGGCAGCUUCUUGAACAGAGGUUCAUGGAUGCAACCACAAUAUCAAAGAAUGAGAACAUUCACGAAGGUAUACAAGCGGGGAGCCGUAGGCAGAUCCAUAGAUGUUACACGCUACAAAGGAUAUGAAGAGCUACAGCGUGAUCUUGCCCGCAUGUUCGGAAUAGAGGGCCAGCUUGAAGAUCCUCAAAGGAUUGGAUGGAAACUGGUCUAUGUAGAUCACGAAAAUGAUGUUCUACUCGUUGGUGAUGAUCCUUGGGAGGAGUUUGUGAACUGUGUUCGGUGUAUCAAGAUACUGUCACCUACAGAAGUUCAGCAGAUGAGUCUGGAAGGUGAUAUCACAAAUAACGUCUUGCAGAAUCAGGCAUGUAGCAGUUCAGACGGUGUGCAUGGGUAGAGGAGUCACUCCAGCAAAAACUGGCGCACACCCUCCUUGGAUCAAGUACCACUGAAUGAGCAUUGUGGCCAAAUUAGUAUAGCCACUGAAAUCCGGACGUGGCCAGAGCAUCCACAUGAUAUUGUAGAUUCGCUUACCACUUUUAUAUAUAGGCAGCAGUUUCUCAUUUUCCGGGAGCACCAGCUUCUAGAUGAAUCAUGCCAUGCUGUUGUCUGUAUCUGCAGUGGAAAAUCCUCUCAAGAUUGUCGAAAAUAGUGUUAAACAACUUGCACUUUCUGAUUCAAGUCAGAUUUGUGGGGUUGAACAACUCUAUGUAAUCAGUUAUGAACGUUGUAAGAUUAUCCCCUCGCCUGAAAGUUUUGCCCUUCUAAACAAAGGUCCUUUUCAGAAACUUGUAUUGAAAAGGCCCCAAUUGUAAAAAAGUAAUGUAGAUUAUUUUUUCCAA